AAUUCAUCUUUUUCAAUUAAAAUAUAAUUAUAAAUUGAAAACCAGUUACGCAAGCGUCCUUCUAAUUCUGAAUGCUCACUUUUACCAUUUGGUGGGUAGAGAAAGUGGUCAAAUAGUUCUCAUUUGUAGGAGACUUGCGCAGAUUUUGUCGCGCCAUCGAAAAUAAACAAGAAUACUUUUGUGUUCACGGACAAAAAGACUGAGCUAAUUUGCUGUUUAAUAGAUAAUAGUAGCACAUCGAAUAAUUAUUAUGGGUGAAUCAUCACAAUCCUCCCUACUUCUUCGUAAACAACUCUCAGAACUAAAUAAGAACCCAGUAGAAGGUUUCUCUGCUGGACUUAUUGAUGAUGUUGAUAUUUACAAAUGGGAAGUGCUAAUUAUUGGACCACCUGAAACACUUUACGAAGGAGGAUUUUUCAAGGCACACCUAUUUUUCCCCAAAGAAUAUCCACUAAGGCCGCCCAAGAUGAAAUUCAUAACUGAAAUCUGGCAUCCAAAUAUUGAUAAAAACGGAGAUGUUUGCAUCUCAAUCUUACACGAGCCAGGUGAUGAUAAGUGGGGAUACGAAAAGGCGUCCGAGCGAUGGCUACCAGUUCAUACGGUGGAGACUAUUCUGAUAUCAGUCAUAUCUAUGUUGGCGGAUCCUAAUGAUGAGUCUCCUGCGAAUGUUGAUGCUGCGAAAGAAUGGCGUGAGAAUUUUCCAGAGUUCAAGAAGAAAGUUGCGAAAUGCAUUAGAAGAAGUCAAGAGGAAUAACGAAUUAAGCACUUAGGAAGCCGCUGUAUAUCUUAAACACUUGAUUUACCAGUCAUCGAUGAUCGUUAUCUAUCUCUUCUUAUCGGACGCAACUUUCCUUUUUUAUUAAGAGGAAAUCGAAAUAUCUAAAAUAAACCACACUCACUUCUUCACUUUGAAAGAAGGUGGAUUUUGUUUUAAAGUUUCAUUAAAUUUCGUGUUAGUUAGUUUGCAGAAAUUGUAUUGAACAACGUUGAUAUGAUUCGAAUCAUAUACACCAUAUAAUAAUAAUCAUAAUACUUAUCGACAAAUGUUGUAUUCGCAAAAAUAUGUGUGAAAUGACAGGUUGUUACCUUACUGAAUUUGAUUUUAAUGCUCCCAAAAUGAUGCACUAGUACUUUUGAUUGAUUAUACCCUAUGCAGUUGUGUUUUGUUUGAUUAUUUCUUCCGAGUUCAUUUUAAAACAAUUUUUCAGAAAAAAAUAGCAAUAGGUGAAGAGCGUAGUAGUGAUUGGAAGGUGUAUAACUUAAUUAUUACACACGGAAAUAUCUUGCAGCAGCUUCUCAUUAUUAUUAUGAUUACUCUUACUAUUCCUUGUGUGAACUUUCAAUAAUAAAAUAAAUAAUACAUGUUUUUGGAA